AUGGCAACAGCAAUUGGUAAACCAACAACAACAUCAAAAAGUAACAAUAACAAACUAGAAACAUUAGUUAAAUGCCCAAUAUGUUUAGAUUACUAUGAAGAUCCUCGUUUGUUACAAUGUUCCCAUACAUUUUGUUUUAAAUGUAUUUUACAAUUGGUUGAAAAGAAUGGUGGAUAUUAUGCUACAUGUCCUCUGAGAGAUAAUACAAUUCUUCGUCGUCAUACAAUUGAUCAACUGCCGAUAAAUCGCGCCGUACAAGACAUGGUUGACCAUUUGAAGAAAGAAGAACAACAACAGGAAGAAGUAUCGACUUACUCAUCUAAGUUCAAGCAGCUAGCGACCAAAUGUGAUGAAUGUAAUGGUGUCAUCGCUGAAUUUUACUGCGAUACUUGCAAGAAACACUUUUGCACGGCAUGCUUAAAACAAAAACAUUCCUUAGCUGAAUUUGAAACACAUAAAAUAAUAGUUCAUAUUAACGAAAAACUAUCUCCAUUAUGCAAGGAACAUGCCGAAGAAAAAUUAAAAUAUUGGUGUACCGGCUGCAAACUGUUAGUCUGUAGUGAUUGUUUAUUAUUUCAACAUAAACAUCACUCAUUCAUACCAAUGCAAGAAAUUGUUCAACAAACAAAAAUAAAAUUCGGUUCUUCCUUGGACCAGCUUGACCAGAUGAAACAAAAUCUCACCGACUUAUCCACGAAAACUACCGAAGCACAAAAUACACAUUACAGAGCACAUGUUGUAACAAGAAAAGAAAUUGAACAAACAAUUGCAGCAUUACAAAACAUGUUAGAAACUCGAAAGGAACAGUUGAUCAAUCAACUUACUACCAGGGAUGCUGAACAACAAGAAAUAAUUCGGCGACAACGAAAUGAUAUUGAUGAACAAUUAAAAACUGUGUCAGUAAGAGAGUUGCUGAUAAAACAAAUAUUGUCUACCGGUAAUUCUAUACAAAUAUUAAAUACGAAAGAUGAUUUAUUAACGUAUAAUGAACUACACAAUGAACAGUAUGAACAACUAAUGGAAGGAUGUGUCUAUGAUAUUAGUGGUUUCGUUCACAUUAAAACACGAUCAGAUAUCAAACAAAAAAUUUUACAGGCGGGCAAUAUCUCAAGCCAGGCGUUUCUAGCUGAUAGUCAUGGUAUUCGUGGUUUGAUCACUCUUUCACUACCGACAAUCAAUAUAAGUGAUCAACAUUCUUUACAAAUUGAAAAUUAUGCUCAUGGCUACCGCUUUCUACUAGCGAAUGGACAAAAAACAUUCAAACUUAAAUCACUACGAAUAAACGGGUCAAUAUCAAAUGAACUGCAUGUUUACAUUUUAGAUUACAAUGAUGUAUUAGUCUAUAAACAAACAGCGCGUGUAAUAAAUGAUGUAUGGACUACACUAAAAUGGUCAUGCGUUUCUCUAACAACAAGUAUUGAACUACAAAAUAAUUAUUAUCUAUUUGUUUGGUCAAAUUCACCGAGAGAAAGUUCGAAAUCCAAAGGAAGACCAUCGUAUCUUAGCUAUAAAAAUGGUAAUCAUAAUUUACGUGCAGUUAAUGAUCAUAUUUCGGUUCGGAGCAAACGUUCGCUGAUGACAACAAUAUCUGAUUCAGAUUUACAAAUUGGAACAAAAUUCAAUGUGGUUUAUGAUGCAUUCCUUACAAAUGAAAAAAAUAAUGAAUGGAUACCAUCAAUCGAUAUGAUAUUAGAAUUAGAUGAAUAA